AUGCCAUCUGAACAGAAACAUUUAUUUUUUGAUGAAAAACAAAAUACUUUAAAAAAAGAUUAUGAUGUGAAAAAUGAGGUAGUUGAUAGUCUCAGAUCAAAAACUUCAGAACCAAAAUUUCAGAACCAACUUAAACCAAACAUUUCAGAAAGUAGUUUUCAUUAUGGACUAAAAAAUGUGAAAAUUGUUUUGCCGAAGAUAAAUAUUCCAAAUGAAGUCCUGUUGAAACAUGAAGUUGACAAAUACAGAAAAUUAUUUCAGCAUAAGCCACAGACUGCAAGAAAAUCUAUCAAUGUAAAGACUGUAAGCUCUGUGGAAGAGUGUAUGUUGCUUCAUCAGUCUGAGAGAGUUGACGAAGGUAUAAAAAUGUCUGCAAAAAUACUCAAUUUCAAUUGUUUAAAGUGCCAAGAUAGCACUCGGUAUAGCCCAAAUGAUUUGCAGAAACACUUUCAAAUGUGGCACCAUGGUGAAUUACCUUCCUAUCCUUGUGAGAUGUGCAGUUUUUCAGCAAAUGACUUCCAGGUAUUUAAACAACAUAGACGGACUCAUAGAAUCACGUUAGUAAAAUGUGACAUUUGUAACAAUGAGAAUUUAUAUACUUUAUUAGACUUAACAAAGCAUUUUUCAUCCACACAUUGUGUAAAUGGUACUUUUCAGUGUGAAAAGUGUGAGUUCUCCACCCAGGAUGUUGGCACAUUUGUUCAGCAUAUCCACAGACACAACGAAAUCCUUUAUAAGUGUGGUAAAUGUCAUUAUAUAUGUCUAACCAAAGGAGAGCUUCAGAAGCACCUUUAUAUUCAUUCUGGUACCUUUCCCUUCACUUGUCAAUAUUGUAGCUAUGGUGCUACCAGGAGAGAGCACCUUGUAAGACAUGUUAUAACUUUGCACAAAGAACAUUUAUAUGCGAAAGAAAAACUGGAAAAGGACAAAUAUGAAAAAAGGAUGGCGAAGUCUUCUGCAGGACUUAAACUAAUACUGAAAAGAUACAAAAUAGGUGCAUCAAGGAAGACAUUCUGGAAACGCAAGAAAGUCAACAAUGCAAGUGACAGAAGUAUAGAAAAAAAUACUCAAGUGCUUAAAAAAGUGAACAGAACACAGGCUACAUCUGAAGACCCAAGCCAUCUUGUUCAGGAACAUUUAAGUGAAGAAAAGCAUGAAAGACUAUACUGUGAGAAUAAUGAUAAACCUGCUGAGUCAGAGUCGGAAAAACCAACUCUUCUGUCCGCUGGACAAUGUAAUGGAGCUCAAGAGGGAUCAAAUUCUGCUUCAAGUUUCUUGAAGACUGCUGUACAAGGACCUACAGUGUUAAUGAUAAAAAACAACAGAAUAACAAUUCCUGCUAACUACAGUGCUAAGUUUAUGGGCUUCAAGAUGGUGGAUGGAAAACAGCAUAUUGUAAUAAAACUGUUGCCUACCAGUAAACAGAAUUUAUAUUUACCAGGCUCACAGUCAGGUGCUGCAAGGGACAGUACGGCAGUUAUGCAGCCCCAGACUUUGGAUACCACUGCAUUUUUAACAGGAGUACCAACUGAGUUAAAUGACACAGUUUGCAUGAAAGCAGCUCCUUCAUUUUCAUCUUCAUCUCCUGUACUUUCAGGGAAAGUAAUUUCAGAAAAAGAAAUGGCUUUGGUAUCUCAGACAAGUAAUAAUAUUCCAGCAGUGGAUGAUGAAAAAGGUGUAUCUCCUUCACCAGUAGAGUCAGACUUGAUUACAGCAUCAGUGAAUUUGACCACAAAAGUAGAAACAAGAGAUAAUGUUGACUUAUGGGGCAGUCAUAUUACUCAAUGUCACCCUGGGGUGUUAGGUACUACAGUUAAAAGUCCAGAUAAAGUCAGAUGUACUGCCAAACCAAAUUCAUACAACAGUGGAGAUAUGCAUAAUUAUUGCAUUAAUUAUAUCAACUCUGAGUUACCUGUUGAAUCUUCCAGUCAAGGAUCAUUACCUUUUCAUAAUUACUCAAAAGUGAAUAAUUCUAAUAAACGUCGUAGGUUUUCAGGAACAGCAAUGUGUGAAAACCCUCAAAGAGAAUCUUCAUCCAGCAAGACAGUUUUAACUGAGUCAGUUUUAUCACUAGUGAGGAAGGAGAGCUCAAACCCAGAUAGCCUGUUAGCAUCUAUUAGUCUUUUAAAUAGUAAAGAUGGAACUUUAAAAACACAAGCUGAAAUCGAAGAACAGUGUGUUUUAGAAAAAGGACAGAACAUUGAUGGACAAAACCUAUACACUAAUGAAAAUAAAAGUUUAGAGAGCAUGACUGAAAAGCCUAAAUGGGAUGGCAUUUCUAAUGUUGAGUCACCUAUGAUGCCUAGGAUCACAUCUGUUUUCUCACUCCAGAGCCAGCAGGCAUCAGAACUUUUGCCACCUGAACUAAACCAGUUGCUACUAGAUGUAUUAAAAGCAAAACCUGAUGUAAAACAAGACUCUAGUAACAGUCCAGAUAAAGAUGUUCCACUUCAGUGUGCCCAGUCUUUUCAGGAACAUGGGGGAGAAAACAAAAUAGUUGAAUCUUCAAAAGACUUGAAAGUACAAGGCCUUUUCCCGAUUCCAUCUGGUAGUAUGGGAACUAAUAUGCCUACAAAUGAUCUGAAUUUAAACUGUAGUGGAAAAGAAAAGCAAAUGCUGUCACAGGAUGUGAGAGAUUCAGAGAAGACCCCUAGAAGUUAUGGUUUUGGCACAUUGCCUAAGACUCAGUCAGAUGCAAUAAUUACACAGCAGCUCGUAAAAGACAAACUACGAGCCACAACACAUUCUUUAUAUGUGCAUAAUCCACUAAAUUCAGAACCAAGAAAGGCUAUAUUUGUUCAGACUCCAAAAGGCUUUUUUGUACCCUUGCACUUUGCUAGUAACUCUGGAUUACAUGUUGCAAGAAGACCAUUGGUUAAUACACAAGGUAUCCCUGCCCCUCUCCUUUUAAACAAGAAACCGGGAAUGAUUUUAACAUUUAAUAAUGGGAAACUUGAAGGUGUUUCUGCUGUCAAAACUGAGAGUGCUCAAGCUUGUGGAACUACAACUAAGGAACCUUGCAGAUCACCUUUCUUGAAAGUAGAACCAAACAGUAAUUGUCUGACCCCUGCACUUUGUUCCAGCAUUGGCAGCUGUGUGAGCAUGAAAAGUAGCCCAGAAAAUACUUUGUCAUUAAAAGGCCCUUAUAUUAUUAAAACGCCAGCAAAUUCUUCAGUGAAAGCUGUUCCUACUCAUAAUAUAAUUCCUGAGCAUCAGGGCACUAAGUUGAAUAUCUCCACUUCAAUAAAACCACAGAACAAGAUUUUUCCAAAACCACCUCUUUAUACCUUUUUGCCUGAUGGCAAACAAGCUGUUUUUUUAAAGUGUGUGAUGCCAAAUAAGACUGAGCUGCUUAAACCUAAAUUAGUCCAAAAUAGUACUUGCUUGAAAAAUAUACAGCCAAAGAAACCUGAAGGAACACCACAAAAAAUAUUGCUGAAAAUUUUUAACCCUGUUUUAAAUGUGACUGCUGCUAGUAAUCUGUCAGUAAGCAACACUGGAUCCUCAUUGCAGAAAGACAGUGUAGCAUCUAACCAGACUACAGGACAGCAGAAAGAGCCAGAAUCUUCUAGAGAUGCCUUACCCUUCUUACUAGACGAUAUGAUGCCAGCAAACGAAAUUGUGAUAACUUCUACUGCAACAUGCCCAGAAUCUUCUGAGGAGCCAAUAUGUAUCAGCAACCAUUCAGAUGCCAGGGUAUUAAGGUGUAAAACAAAUUGUACAAUUGAGAGAAACUUCAAUAAGAAAAAGACUUCGAAAAGAAAAGUUUCAAGAAUAAAAAGUCACGUAAGAAGUCAGGAUUCUGAAACUGCCUUUGUAUCUAGAAGCAGAAACUGUAAACGCAAGUGUAGAGAUAGUUACCAAGAACCUCCAAGAAAAAAAGCCUUACACAGAAAGUGUAAAGAAAAAGCAAAGCCUGAAAGUAUCCCUGAAUCAUUUGAAUUCAACAGACCUAGGCUUUCAAAAGAUACAGUCAGAACUCUGCGGCUUUUCCCCUUUAGUUCCAAACAGCUUGUGAAAUGUCCUAGGAGAAACCAACCAGUUGUAGUUUUGAAUCAUCCUGAUGCAGAUUCCCCAGAAGUAGUAAAUGUAAUGAAAACUGUUGCUAAAUUUAAUGGACGUGUUCUUAAGGUUUCAUUGUCGAAAAGAACUAUCGAUGCUUUACUGAAGCCAGUUUGUUUUAACCCUUCUGAAAUAACUUACGACGAUUUUCCUAAGAGGCACAAAACAUUUAAACCUGUUAGUUCUGUGAAGGAAAGAUUUGUGCUAAAGUUAACUCUCAAAAAGACAAGCAAAAACAAUUACCAGAUUGUGAAAACUACCUCUGAAAAUAUUCUGAAAGCUAAAUUUAACUGUUGGUUUUGCGGUAGAGUGUUUGACAAUCAGGAUGCUUGGGCUGGUCAUGGACAGAGGCAUUUAAUGGAAGCUACUCGUGAUUGGAACAUGUUAGAAUAA